AUGAAACCUCAGGAAGACAAGGAAAAUGCCGUCUGGGUAGAAGAAAGUGUUCCAACAACACCUACGCAUCUACUGAGCAGGUCUCAGUCACUGGUCAAAAACAGAUCUCCGAAAAAAGUCGGACCUAGGCGACCUCUUGCCAGCAAGGAUAACAAUAAGGCAAAUAGCUUUAGUUUCAAAAAGAGCACGACAAAUCAGCCGGUGAGAAAGAAGAGCAGGCCGCUUGUUAGCCAUACAGGGAGCUUUAUCAGUAACACACGACCUUCUCAGGGGCCCGUGAUAAACAAUAAUGGUGUGCCCAAGAUCAAGAGUCUUGUCUUGAAGGAUACUGCAGAGGAAGAUGAGGAGUCGCAAAGUGAUGAAGAAGAAGCAAAUCCACUUGCUGCCAAACUGCGGAAUGCAAUGUCGCAUGGACAAAAAUCUACAGAAGAUGAUGAGCAGGGAGGAUUACUGGGAAUCCAAGGAGGCUUGCAAGGCCUCAUUGGAUCCCGUAAACUAGGAGAAGAAAGCGAUAGUGACAUGGAGGUGGAAACAAUACCGCCUGCUCCAAAGCCGCUCCCUCAUAUUCCCAAUGGCUACACUCCCUUCGACGAGGAAGAUAUUAUAAAACUACACACCUUCACAUCACCUUUUGCCUGGGAUGAGGACGAAACAGAUGAGCAACCCGAUUCGCAUCCGAAGUUUCUCCCCAUAGAUGUUAAUAAUGAUGAAAAUGAAUCUUCGAAUGACGAAGGGCCGUUCAAUGCAUCAAAUACUACGCGUAUCUUCCCCGUAGGGGACGCUGAAGAUUCUCUGGAAUUGGAUUCACGUUACUACGGCAAGGGGUUAACCUCAGAAGAAUUAGAGUCACUUUUAGAUUAG